AUGGCGAGUGCAGCCGCGAAUUUGAAACACGGGUUGUUGGGCGAAUUCCGAGCAGGAGUAGAAAGCAUCGACGAAUACAAGGAAAGGUUCGAGCUUUACUGCCUGGCAAACGCAGUACCGAUAGGAGACGAGCACGUAGCUCGUAGGAAGGCAAUCUUUCUAACGUCUGUGGGUGCAUCGACCUACAGUUUGUUGCGGACCUUGGUACGACCUCGCCAACCGCAAGAUUUGGAGCUCGAUGAUAUCAUUCAGCAACUGAGAAAUCACUACGAGCCAAAGAAGAUUGUCAUAGCCGAGCGAUUCCGUUAUUACAAGAGACAACAGAAAGAAGGUGAGACUGUUACGGUGUUCUUGUCAGAAUUGCGUCGUCUAGCUAAACACUGUGAGUUCGGAGACAAGUUGUCAGUUGCGUUGAGGGACCAAUUCGUGUGUGGAUUACGAGUAGAAGCCCUACAGCAGAAAAUUCUAGCGGAAACUGACUUAACACUCGAGAAAGCGGUACGAAUAGCGCAAGCUUUUGAAUCGGCAAGACAAGAAACGAUAGCUUUGCGAGGAGACACGCGCAGACACGGAUCAACAACAGACCACGAGACGGCAUUUAGCAUGCAAAGUAGUAGCAGUGGGAGGUCAAAGACAACACAGUCUGAUGUGAAAGUAUGCUACAGAUGCAAUGGCAAGGGGCACGUUCCUGAUAAGUGUCAGAUGAAAUCAAGACAGUGCUAUUUAUGUCACAAGAAGGGACAUAUCGCAAAAGCCUGCCGGAGUAAGAAGCAAGGCGAUUUUAAGAACAGGAGCGGAGCAACGGGUACCAAGAAUACAAAGUACCAGAAACAAGCCACGUUACAAGUGGAAGAAGAGGAAGUAUGUUCACUUUAUGGUCUGGGAAGUCAGGAUGCAAUCAAAGUCAAUAUGACUGUAGCUGGACGAGAAUUAGAGCUGAUUGUUGACACGGGUGCAACUAUUACCGUGAUUCCCAGGGAGACCUAUGAGAAACAACUAUCUCAUGUCAAACUCCAGAGCAGCAACGUGAAAUUACAGUCAUAUUGUGGACAGACAUUGUCUGUACGCGGAGAAGCGGGAGUACCGGUACGCUACGGAGAUCAAGAAAUACGAGGUAGAGUAGUUGUCGUCAAUGCUGCAAAUAAGCCAGCAGUGCUUGGCAGGAAUUGGUUGUCACAACUCAAGUUGGACUGGGCAUCUUUAUUUAGCUUGAAUGUCCUGGAUCCCGUACACGAGUUUCCUGAGUUAUUCAAGGAAGGAAUGGGAAAGCUGCAAGGAGUUCAAGCGAAAAUUACUUUGAGUGCCAAUGCAAGGCCAGUCUUUCAUAAGGCAAGACCAGUACCAUUUGCGUUACAAGCUAAAGUGGAUACUGAAAUCGAUCGCUUAGUCAGAGAAGGAGUACUGACACCUGUAGAUCAGAGCGAGUGGGCUUCACCGAUAGUAGUGGUGAGGAAAUCUGACGGCAGUAUCAGAUUGUGUGGUGACUACAAAGUAACCAUCAAUGAAUAUUUGGGAAAUAUUGAGUAUCCCACACCAAAUGCUCAGGAUUUAUUUGCUACUUUAGCGGGUGGUCGACGAUUUACCAGGCUUGAUCUAAAGCAAGCUUACCAACAAAUGGAAGUGGAUACCGGGAGCCAAGAGUAUUUAACCAUAAAUACUAGGAAGGGUUUGUUUACUUAUACCAGAAUGCCUUUUGGUAUACGAACAGCACCGAGUAUUUUCCAGAAAACGAUGGAUAUGAUAUUAGUGAGGCAAGUAUUACAACGCCUAAAGCAAAGAGGAGUCCGGCUAAAGAAGGACAAAUGUGAAUUUGGUCAAUCUGAGGUGACAUACUUAGGUCACAGGGUAGAUCACGAAGGUCUGAAGCCUAUGGAAGACAAGGUCAAGGCUAUCAGAGAAGCACCUGAGCCAAGAAAUGUGACUGAGUUGAAGGCAUUUCUGGGGCUGUUGAACUAUUACAGCCAUUUCUUACCAAAUUUGUCGAAUACUCUACAAGCAUUGUAUGAGUUACUUCAAAAAGGAAAACAGUGGAGAUGGACAAGGAAACACAGGGCCGCAUUCACUGCAGCAAAGACCAAGUUAUUACAGUCUGGUUUUCUUACGCACUAUGAUUUGUCUCGACCAGUCAAGCUCAAAUGUGACGCAUCCCCAUAUGGAAUAGGAGCCUGUUUGAGUCACGAGUUUUGA